AUGCCUUUCUCAAGGUUAGAGACGAAUGAACUGAAGGAGUUUAAAGUCACAAGCAAGGAAGCAAGCUCAAUUGCAAUCGGUGCUCAUUUCCUGCAGAUCACUUACGAUAGUGGGGUCACUGUUAACGGUGGGAAUGAGCUAACCCCAACUCAGGUCAAAGAUCAGCCCAAAAUCGAGUGGAUGGCUGAUCCGAACUCAUACUACACCCUCUUCAUGGUGGAUCCAGAUGCCCCAAGCCGUGCGGAUCCGAAGUUUCGUUCCGUAUGCCACUGGUACGUAGGGAACAUUCCCGGUGGCAAGAUUGACAAGGGCGAACACAGGAUUGCGUUCAUCGGAUCAGGGCCACCGCAGGGCACUGGACUUCAUCGAUAUGUAUUCCUAGUCUACAAACAGAACGGGAAAAUCAAUCUGUCCGAUGCACCGCGCACCUCGAACCGCAGCCGGAAUAAUCGAUUGAACUUCCAACACAAGGAUUUCGUUAAUCGGUACAAGUUGGGAGAACUGGUGGCAGGAAAUUUCUACAGAGCGCAAUUCGACGACUACGUACCGAAGUUGCAUGCACAACUCUCUUCCGGUACGGAGUGAGGAACCUGACUGGUCCAUAAUAAAUGUGCGAUGCAAAAGACACCGGGCAAAAAGUGUUUGUAUGUUCACGGUUAUUUACUUAAUGUUACCUGUUAAGCAUUUCCAGCCAGAAUAAUAUGAAAAGAUGCAGAAUUUCAAUAGAAUUUUUGACGUAGAACUACGUCUUUCAGGAAAGGUGCCAAAUCAGAAAACAGGUCACGUUUUAUGAAAUAAAGUUAACGUUAAUAAGG